CUAUAAAGAUACUUUCAUUGAUUAAGUACUAUUGACAUAAUGCUUACAAUGACAAGUAUCCAUUUAUUCCUCACGACUUAAUUGACAAGUAUCCAUCCAUUUAUGCACCACAUGCUCUUGCUACUUUGGCAGCACAUACUUCCACUUAAAUUUUGUUUCUCAUCUCUUAAACAAGGUUAAAAUUGCAUAGUACAAUAAAACACUUCACUACUCUAUUACACUCCCCCUUCGCUAGAUCUUCAAGGAGCCAAAACCCUGUAGCUCUUGAAGGAAGCCAGAAUACCCAUGGCUCAUCUAAUCUACUUGUGCUACACAAAGGUACUCCUACUCUCUAUUCUUCUAUUUCUCUUUGUCUCUCUUUCCUCUUGUUCCUACUGGUCCGAACCACAACUCAAGACCAACACACAAUUGUCUAUUAGUACAAGAAGAAUGCUAGAGGUAGAAAAAGAAGAACAACCUUUGAAGAAGAAAACCACCGCACAAUUCACCAAAAACCAAACCAAACUAAGCAAGCCCAAUAGUUUCUCUUCCAAAAACCAAACCAAACCUAUCAAAUCCAACACCAUUCCCAUAAAAUACCAAACAAAAACCAUCAAAUUCAGUAACAAUUCCACCAAAACCGUCAAAUCCAAUAACCUUAAUUCCUCUAAAUUCCAAAGCAACCUUAAUUCCUCCAAAAACCAAACCAAUGUUAGCUCCAAUUCCACCACCAAGUUCAAGAAGCUGAACUCCACAUCAAACCCAUCAAAACAAACCUCAUUUUCCACUUCAACCAAAAAACCAUUUGAUCUCAUGAAACCAACAAACAAGACUACAAAAACCACCGCCACCACAAAAGACAAAAAUAACAACAAGCAAACAAAACCUCAAACUCACGAGACAAACAAUAAACCAAAGAAACAACCAACACCCAGUUGGACAUUGAAACAACAACAACAACAACAACAAAAUGACGAGGAAGACGACGAUGAUUUGGUUUCAGAAUUCAAAGAUCUACCCAACAAAUUUCACCGCACACUCAUCCCAGACCUAGAACGAAUCUCAACAACCUCCAAAGCAUACAUAACAAAAGCCAACUACGAAAUGACAAAAGGAUUCAAACCCUACGUUGGCAAAAAAUACGCACCCACCAUAGCAACCACAGUUUCAUCUUUUUUGGUAUUAAUCCCUCUUUUCUUAGUAUCUCUCCUUUGCAACAAAAUCAAAACCUAUUUCUCACUUCAAAAAAUCUUAAUCUUCAUCCAAGUUUACCUCUCAAUUUACUUCACAAUUCUAUGCAUCUCAACAUUAAUGACUGGAAUUGAACCCUUGAAGUUUCUAUUCUCUACUUCGCAGUCCACGUAUCUAUGCUUUCAGGUUCUUCAAACUCUCGCAUAUGUUUUCUAUCUACUGUUACUCGUCAUGUACCUUGUUCUUGUGUUUUCAACUGAAUGUGGGCUGGGAUCGAAGUUUUUGGGCUUGGCCCAGAUAUUUGUCGGCUUUUGUGUUGGGCUUCAUUAUUAUGUAACAGUGUUUCAUAAAGUGGUGUUGCGCCAACCGCCUAAGAGUAGUUGGAAGGUUCACGGGAUUUAUGCUGCGUCUUUUUUUCUUGUUUGUUUGUUUGCGAUGGCUCAUAGAAGGAAAAAAGCUUACGUGGAAAAUGAUGGAGGAGAAGGCAAGAACAAUUAAAUUUAUUUUUCUUUUUCUUUUCAUUUCCAUUUUAUUCAAUUUUAGAAAAUAAAGUUACUAAAAGCAUAAACUUGUGUAUAAGCAUGAGUACUUUCAAUGCCUCCUAUUUUUCUCAAAUUGUUUGCAUCUUUAUUUUCAGUUGAGAAUAGGAAGGAUUCAAUUAAUUAAUUGUAUUGUUUUUUUCAUUUUUUAAUGUCUUGUCAUCGCCAUAACUAUCAAAUACUAGUAUGUGUUAUAUCA